AAUAAUACAGGGAAGUGUUAAGCAUGGUAAGUUUCACUACGCCCUGGUCUUCCUCUGCCAUCAACGCUCCGCCAUUCCAUCUCACUCAAUCAGCAGUCGGACGCUGUCAAUUGCGAGAAAGGAGGAAGGCUAUUUCAUUGGGCAUAACCGAGAUGGGCCAAAGACCCAUCAACUGUUUCUUGCAGGCCAGGGCCAAAAUUAUAGGACGAUCUCAGCUCCUAAACCAUUUCCGUCAAGAAACUAUAAGCCGAGAGUUGGUCGACUGGCAGACAAAUGCCACGCGUUUGGAACCCUUCAAAAAUGCAUGGCUGCAUAUGUGUCAGAAUGUGAAAAAAUAUAAUUCCUCUGGUGAUCCUGUUGAUAAUGGUGCAGAAAAAGAAGAUAAUUCCUCUGGUGAUCCUGUUGAUAUUGGUGAGGAAAAACCAGAUCAUAGUUCUGCGGAAGAAAAAGAUAAUUCCUCUGGUGAUCCUGUUGAUAUUGGUGCGGAAAAACCAGAUCAUAGUUCUGCGGAAGAAAAAGAUAAUUCCUCUGGUGAUCCUGUUGAUAUUGGUGCGGAAAAACCAGAUCAUAGUUCUGCGGAAGAAAAAGAUAAUUCCUCUGGUGAUCCUGUUGGUAUUG